AUGAGCAUAGACAAACUUACAGGCGCUAAGGUCGCCGAGCACAACUCCAAAGACUCAUGCUGGGUCAUUGUACACGGCAAAGCCUAUGAUGUGACCGAAUUCCUCCCCGAACACCCCGGUGGUCAGAAAAUCAUUCUCAAAUAUGCGGGCAAAGAUGCGACCGAAGAGUUCGACCCAAUCCACCCGCCUGAUACCCUGGACAAGUACCUGGACAAGUCAAAGCACUUGGGUGAGGUAGACAUGGCUACCGUCGAGCAAGAAGAAAAGGCUUUCGACCCGGAGGAGAAUGACCGCCUAGAGCGCAUCUCCCGUAUGCCCUCGCUCGCAGCAUGCUACAACUUGAUGGACUUCGAGGCAGUGGCUCGCCAGGUCAUGAAGAAGACGGCGUGGGCGUACUACUCCAGCGGAGCAGAUGACGAAAUUACAAUGCGCGAGAACCACGCAGCCUUCCACAAGAUCUGGUUCCGGCCACGAAUUCUCGUCGACGUCGAGCACAUCGACAUGAGCACAACAAUGCUCGGCACAAAGUGCUCAAUCCCAUUCUACGUGACCGCCACCGCACUGGGCAAGCUCGGCCACCCAGAAGGCGAAGUGGUCCUCACAAAGGCUGCGCACCAACACAACGUAGUGCAGAUGAUCCCCACCCUCGCCUCAUGCUCCUUCGACGAGAUCGUCGACGCCAAGCAAGGCGACCAAGUCCAAUGGCUACAGCUCUACGUCAACAAGGACCGCGAAAUCACCCGCAAGAUUGUCGAGCACGCCGAAAAGCGCGGCUGCAAGGGUCUCUUCAUCACCGUCGAUGCACCGCAACUCGGCCGCCGCGAGAAGGACAUGCGCUCCAAGUUCUCCGACCCCGGCUCGAACGUUCAAGGCACCGGCGAUGAUAUCGAUCGCUCGCAGGGUGCCGCCCGGGCCAUCUCCUCAUUCAUCGACCCCGCACUCUCGUGGAAGGAUAUCCCUUGGUUCAAGUCUAUCACACGCAUGCCGGUCGUGCUGAAGGGCGUACAGUGCGUUGAAGACGUCCUGCGCGCCGUCGAGGCAGGCUGCGACGGUGUUGUCUUGUCCAACCACGGAGGUCGCCAGCUCGACACUUCGCGGUCCGGUAUCGAGGUGUUGGCUGAAGUCAUGCCUGCGCUCCGUGAGCGCGGCUGGGAAAAGCGCAUCGAGGUCUUCGUGGACGGUGGUGUGCGUCGUGCAACGGAUAUUAUCAAGGCUCUGUGUCUCGGUGCGAAGGGUGUCGGUAUUGGACGGCCUUUCCUGUUUGCCAUGUCGGCUUAUGGGCUUGAAGGUGUGGACCGUGCUAUGCAGCUGCUUAAGGAUGAGAUGGAGAUGAACAUGCGGUUGAUUGGUGCUGCUUCUGUUGAGGAGCUCAAUCCUAGUCUGGUUGAUACCCGCGGGUUGAUGGGUGGACACUCUGGCAAUGCGCCUUAUGAUACCCUUGGACUUGGUGCUUAUGAUCCCCUCGAGGCACCGCGUUUCAACGAGAAGCCCAAGUUGUAG